UUUCGCGUUCGAGAUACAGCUUAGAAAUCGAAUCAGAUAUACGGAAGCGAGCGCGGGGAAAUAUCCGGGGUAGUGGGGUAGCUCGCCAAUCCACAAUUAUAUGCAAUGGACAUCCUCGAAGAUCAUGCAGGUCCAAAGUGCCAGCUUCUAUCUACUUCUCGCUUAUCACCAGCAACAUGGGUCGCGAAACUCCUCUUACCAUUGACGAGUCUAAGUUCAAGAACCUCGCGGGUAAAACCAUUCUCAUUACGGGUGCCUCUUCAGGCAUUGGACUGGAGACUGCGAACUACUUUUACAAACUUGGCGCCAAUGUCGCCUUUUUGGCCGGUCGUAAACGACCCGCAACCGAUGUCCCUCUCGACUCAGACCGAACGCUCCUAAGAAAUAUCGAUGUGAGCAAUUGGGAGCAGCAGGUCGAGGCUUUCGAGGCUACUGUCAAGAAGUUCGGACACAUUGACAUCGUCCUUCCCAAUGCCGGUGUCAACGAACCAAGGCAACAGUUCUUCAAUCUCAAGACUGGUGAAAGCGGAAAAUUACAACCGCUUGAGACGAAGGUGAUUGAUGUCGACUUGAAAGGUACCGCAUACACGACUGCACUAGGUAUCCAUUACCUGAAAGAGAAGGGCGGAAGCAUCAUCAUCAUGUCCAGUAUGGCAGGUUACGUAGGGGUAGACGAGAUGCCGGCGUAUGCCGCUACGAAGCAUGGCGCCACCGCCCUUCUACGCUCCCUCUACAAACCCGCCGCCGCCCACAAAAUCGCCAUCUCCCUCUCCAAUCCGGCCCUCGUCUUUACCCCCGGUUCGCUCUCCGAGAUGUACGCACCCGGCGAGGAAGCCUACCAAGCCGCCAAGAAGCAACUCGCGGCGAUGGGCGUUAAGAUGAGCUCCGCCUUUACGGUCACGCUGUCAGUCGCGUAUCUAGCGAGUCUUGGCAUGGAGGCGAGUGGAGUGGGGUUGCUAGUUGAGAAUGAUGAGAUUCAUGACUGGGAGGCCGGCUUGCAGGAGAGCUUGCCGGGGUGGUUCAAGGUGAAGGCGGGUGGGAGGGAGGGCAUGGCGAAUGUGAGUGAUUAGGUGGAAGCGGGAUUUGAGAUGCUGUACUUGCUUGGAUUGAGGUAUCGCUUGCUAUCCGUUGGUGUGCUCCCGUUCUAGCCGUAGAUGCCUAAUACUGCUGUCUUAUGUGUUUUAGGGAAUCUACGGCAUGAUUCAGAUAAGAGAUCGUUGUCCUUUGAAUGGUUGACAAAUGUGUUGAAGCACCUGCGAUGAAUGUAAGGAGCGU